AUGGCUGACGCAACGGAAAAAGCUGAGCACGACCGUAUUUUCAAGAAGUUUGAUGCUAAUGGAGAUGGAAAUAUCUCUUCCACAGAGCUUGGAGAUGCUCUCAAGAACCUUGGCUCGGUCACGCACGAUGACGUUAAGCGUAUGAUGGCUGAGAUAGAUACUGAUGGUGAUGGAUUCAUAUCGUAUCAAGAGUUUUCUGAUUUCGCAAAGGCUAAUCGUGGUCUCAUGAAAGAUGUCGCCAAGAUUUUCUAA